AUGGACAGGGUUUUCGCGGAGAUCGCUUCUCAGAUAUCUCCACAAUUACAGAUUGGGGAUCUUCCAAAAUCAAGAAGAUUGGCGCAUAUGGCUAUGUCUCUUCACCUUACAAUUUGUAUGGCACUUUGGCCCGGGGUUGUGGUGUGGAAGGGGUGGAUGGGGGAUAAUCCCACACGGGAGCUUCGAACAACGUCUAGUCCACGUUUGGCUGGAUAUCUCCACCACCACACGGGGUAUGCGGUCGGCGAUGGGGUCAAAAUGCUCGUAUGA